AUGGCUACUAUAACAAUAAAUAGUUGUCUUAUCGGUAAAACUAGUAGUAUGUUUAUACCUUAUACAUUUCAUAUUGCUAAAUCAUGUUUAAAAUAUCAAAAAAAUGAGAUUCGUCUUGAUUUAGAAUCUCCAAUACUUUCUGGGUUACAACAAGCUAAGACAUAUAAUGAUACAGUACCACCAGAUUGUCCAAGAUCAGUUCAACAUGACGAAUGUCACGUACAGUUUAUUAGAAAAGAACCAUAUUCAUUUAGUUGGGGUUGUGUAUGA